UAGUGAACUCAACUCGUUGCUUGUUUGGCAGUAGCUGCUAUUUUUGUUGUUAUUCUUGUUGUUGUGUUAACAGUUCUUGUUGUUGUUGUUGUUGUUGUAUUAACUAUUGUUGUUGUUGCCCGCAUGUGGCGUUGGCGGCGUCGGCGUGAGGCGUGCUGCCAAUUUAACUACUAUUAAACGACGCUACUACUAAACCACGCUACUACUAAUUGAAUCCUCAAGUGGUUUUUAUUUGCACUCGUGACCUCAUCAACAACAAAAUCAAAACAAUAACAACAGCAACAACAACAAGAACGUGGCGCCUCUGCUGCUUCUUAGCGCCUUACAUUGUUAAAUUGUGGCAUGACAAUUAUAACAUAAACAACAACAAACAGCAGACGCAGCAGCAGCCAAGUUGCAUGUGGCAACCCGCAAAAAGGAGCAAUACAAAAGGCAGCAGCAAUAAAAGGAGCAACACCAAAAGAAACAGCAAUCGCAACAAAAAAAAGCAGCAGAAAUAGGAGCACAUAAUUAAGAUGGAUGGAGAAAGACGGCGUCGAGCGACGACGCUCGAGCGCGAGAUGCGCGAUCCGACGAGCAUCUGCAACGUGGACUGUCUGCUGGACACGGUGUCGGCCCUGGUCAGCGACUGUGAUCACGACUCGCUGAAACGCCUGAAGAACAUUGAACAAUAUGCAUACAAAUAUAAACCCUUGGCGCAACGGAUUAAUCAGUUGCGCAUGAAUGUGGAUGACUUUGAUUUCAUCAAGUUAAUUGGAGCCGGUGCCUUUGGCGAGGUUCAACUGGUGAGACACAAGUCGUCGCGUCAGGUGUACGCCAUGAAGCGUCUCUCCAAGUUUGAGAUGAUGAAGCGUCCCGAUUCCGCAUUCUUUUGGGAGGAGCGUCAUAUAAUGGCGCAUGCCAAUUCCGAGUGGAUUGUACAGCUGCACUUUGCAUUCCAGGAUAGCAAAUAUUUGUACAUGGUGAUGGACUUUAUGCCCGGUGGCGAUAUUGUAUCGCUAAUGGGGGACUAUGAGAUACCGGAAAAGUGGGCCAUAUUCUAUACAAUGGAGGUGGUACUCGCCCUGGACACGAUACACAAUAUGGGAUUCGUGCAUCGCGACGUCAAGCCCGAUAACAUGUUGCUCGAUAGUUUUGGCCAUUUGAAGCUAGCCGAUUUCGGUACCUGCAUGCGAAUGGGCGCCAACGGUCAAGUGGUGUCCAGUAAUGCGGUCGGUACACCCGAUUAUAUCAGUCCCGAGGUGCUGCAAUCGCAGGGUGUGGACAACGAAUAUGGCCGGGAGUGUGAUUGGUGGUCGGUGGGCAUAUUUCUCUACGAGAUGUUGUUCGGCGAGACACCGUUCUAUGCGGACUCACUGGUGGGCACCUAUGGCAAGAUCAUGGAUCACAAGAACUCGUUGAGUUUCCCGCCCGAGGUGGAGAUCAGUGAGCAUGCCAAAUCACUGAUCCGUGCCUUUCUCACCGAUCGCACACAGAGAUUGGGUCGCUAUGGCAUUGACGACAUCAAGGCACAUCCAUUUUUUCGCAAUGACAGCUGGAGUUUUGACAACAUCCGAGAGAGUGUACCGCCCGUUGUUCCGGAACUCACAUCCGACGAUGAUACGCGAAAUUUCGAGGACAUUGAGCGGGAUGAGAAACCAGAGGAGAUGUUUCCAGUCCCCAAGAGUUUCGAUGGCAAUCAUUUGCCAUUCAUUGGUUUCACCUACACGGGCGAUUAUCAACUGCUCUCUAGCGAUCAGGUCGACACGGUGGAGUCCAAGGAAUCGAAUGCGAUCAAUAACGGAAAUCCAAAUAACAAUCAUCACAAUCAUCGACAUCGUCCGUCCAAUUCGAAUGAGCUGAAGCGUCUGGAGGCGUUGCUGGAGCGGGAACGGAACCGUGCAGCGGAUCUGGAGCAGCAGGACACGAGUCUGCGCCAGCAGAUGGAGCUGAGCACGAAGCGGGAGGCGGAGCUGCAAAGGAUUGCCAGCGAAUAUGAAAAGGAUUUGGCGCUGCGUCAGCACAAUUACAAGAUUGCCAUGCAGAAGGUCGAGGUGGAGAUUGAGCAGCGUAAGAAAGCCGAGGCACAGCUGGUGGACAUGCAAAAGAAGCUGGAGAAUGAGCAGAAGAAUCGCACACGCGAUCUCAACAUCAAUGAGAAGGUCUUGACACUGGAGAAACAGCUGCAGGAUAUGGAAUUGAAUUUCAAAACCGAAACGGAACACACGCAAAAGCUGAAGAAACAAAAUGUCGAACUCGGCUUCACAUUGAAGACGCACGAGGAGAAGGUACGCGAUAUGGUGGAAAUGAUUGAGACACUGCAGAAGCACAAGGAGGAGCUGGGCCAGGAGAAUGCCGAGCUGCAGGCUCAAAUGGUGCAGGAGAAGAAUCUGCGCUCCCAACUCAAGGAACUGCACAAAGAGGCCGAGAAUAAAAUGCAAACACUGUCCAAUGAUCAUGAGCGCACCUUGUCCCGCGAGCAGAAGGCGCAACAGGAUAAUCGUGCGCUGCUCGAAAAGAUUAGCGAGCUGGAGAAGACGCAGGCUAGCUUAGAUUUUGAAUUGAAGGCGGCACAGGGUCGCUAUCAGCAGGAGGUCAAGGCGCAUCAGGAAACGGAGAAAUCCCGUCUGGUGUCACGCGAGGAAGCCAAUCUGCAGGAGGUGAAGGCGCUGCAAUCCAAGCUCAAUGAGGAGAAAUCGGCACGCAUUAAAGCCGAUCAGAAUUCCCAAGAGAAGGAGCGACAAUUGAGCAUGCUCUCGGUGGAUUACCGACAGAUACAGCUGCGUCUACAAAAACUGGAGGGUGAAUGCCGCCAGGAGUCGGAGAAGGUAGCCGCACUGCAGUCGCAGCUGGAUCAGGAGCAUAGCAAACGGAAUGCGUUGCUCUCGGAGCUCAGUUUGUACAGCUCGGAAGUGGCACAUUUGCGUUCACGCGAGAAUCAGCUGCAAAAGGAGCUGGCGGCACAGCGGGAGGCGAAGCGACGCUUUGAGGAGGAUCUGGCACAGCUAAAGACGACGCAUCAUGAAGCUUUGGCCAACAAUCGGGAGCUACAGGCUCAACUGGAGGCGGAACAAUGCUUCUCGCGGCUCUACAAGACGCAGGCCAAUGAGAAUCGGGAGGAGAGCGCUGAAAGGCUCACCAAGAUCGAGGAUCUCGAGGAGGAGCGCGUCUCGUUGAAGCAUCAGGUACAAGUGGCUGUGGCACGCGCCGAUUCCGAGGCAUUGGCACGAUCGAUAGCCGAGGAAACGGUCGCCGAUCUCGAGAAGGAGAAAACGAUCAAGGAGCUCGAAUUGAAGGACUUUAUUAUGAAGCAUCGCAACGAGAUCAAUGUCAAGGAGGCCACACUGGCCACACUCAAGGAAACCGAAGCCGAGCUGCACAAGAAACUCGCGCUCAAGUGUAACGAGUGCGAGGAUCUGCUGCAGCAGCACAAGAAACAGCUCGACGAGAUCGGCCAACAACGGGCGGCGAAGGACGAGGAGAUUGCCAAGCUGGGCGAGAAGUGCAAGAACGAGGUGCUCCUCAAACAGACAGCGGUCAACAAACUCGCCGAAGUCAUGAAUCGUCGCGAUUCCGACGGCCAAAAACAAAAGAGCAAGGCUCGCUCUACGGCGGAGCUGCGCAAGAAGGAGAAGGAGAUGCGAAGAUUGCAGCAGGAGUUGUCGCAGGAGCGAGACAAAUACAAUCAGCUGCUGCUGAAGCAUCAGGAUCUGCAGCAACAGAAUGUCGAGGAUCAACAGCUCAAGCAGAAGAUGUUCAUGGAGAUUGACUGCAAGGCAACUGAGAUUGAGCAUCUUCAGAGUAAACUCAACGAGACGGCCUCUCUCUCGUCCGCUGACAACGAUCCCGAGGAUAGUCAGCACUCCUCUCUGCUCUCACUCACACAGGACUCGGUCUUCGAGGGCUGGCUGAGCGUGCCGAAUAAGCAAAAUCGAAGGCGGGGCCACAGCUGGAAACGUCAAUAUGUGAUUGUCUCGUCGCGCAAAAUCAUCUUCUACAACUCGGAUAUUGACAAGCACAAUACAACGGAUGCCGUGCUUAUACUCGACCUUAGUAAAGUGUACCACGUGCGCAGUGUUACCCAAGGCGAUGUAAUACGCGCCGAUGCCAAAGAGAUUCCGCGCAUCUUCCAGCUGCUGUACGCCGGAGAAGGCGCCUCUCAUCGUCCCGACGAACAAUUGGACUCGACGCUGCUCGUAAGCGGCAACGAGGAGCGACCCGGUACCAUAAUACACAAAGGUCAUGAGUUCGUGCAAAUCACAUAUCAUAUGCCAACGGCCUGUGAGGUCUGCACCAAGCAACUGUGGCACGUCUUCAAGCCGCCGGCGGCCUACGAAUGCAAGAGAUGCCGCAACAAGAUCCACAAGGAGCACGUGGAUAAGCACGAUCCGUUGGCGCCCUGCAAGCUGAAUCACGACCCACGCAGUGCCCGGGAUAUGCUCCUGUUGGCCGCCACGCCCGAGGAGCAAUCCUUGUGGGUGGCACGCCUCCUGAAGCGCAUCCAGAAGAGCGGAUACAAGGCCAACUCGUCCAACAACAACAGCACCGAUGGCAGCAAAAUAUCACCCAGCCAAUCCACACGUUCCGCAUAUAAACCGUAUGCGGCGAAUGUCCAACGAUCUGCAACACUGCCGGCGAAUUCUUCUUUAAAACAAUGAAGAAAUCGGCACAAGGAAGAGAGAAGAAACGAGAAGAGAAGAGCAGAAGAAUGUGAAGAAAUGAGAGCUGAAAAAAAAGAAGAAAGUUAAAGAGUUCUAUAUAUUUAGAGACUGCAUUAACAAGUGGGAAAUAAAAUUGGAGAUUGGAGAUUGUAUCUAAUGUUUAUACUACUUAUCUAUAUACUAAACUGAUAAUAUUUACUUAAUUUAACAUGCAUACAACAACUACUACUACCAACUAUCAAACUUUCCUAUAUACUAUACUAUAUACAUAUAUAUAUAUAUAUACUAUAUUUUUUGAUUAAUUUACACAAAAAAGAAGGAGAGAGAGAGAGAGAGAAAUUUAAAGUUGGUCUUUUACUUCCAACUCGUUGAACGCUUUAUUAACCAAUCAAUCCAUCAUUUAAUCAAUCAAUCAAUUAACCAAUUGCUUAAAUGGCAACGUCAAAUGGCAAAAGAAAAAGAAAAGAGCAAAAAAAAACUUCCAAAAAACCUGAAAAGAUAACUGAGUUCUCUAUUAUAAAAUCCAUAGGUUCGUAAUUUAGUUGUACUUAUGUUUGAUACCAUACAUAUGCACUAUACAACAUAAAAUAUCUGCCCAAACAUGUAAAAAAAAAGAUCUUAAACCAUAUAAAAAUCAGCAACAGUUUCAUAUAUAAUGUAUACCUUUCUAUACAUGAUUUUCGGGUACCCAAACACAAUACUACCUUUUUUUCAUUAGUUCUUAAGCAACCCAAAGCAAACGCAAAGCAUUCAAAGUAACGAGUAACGAAUAACGAAUAAAACAACGCGCUGUAAUUAUGUAAAACUAUAAGAAAAGUUA